UUCCUUCCUCCUGCGCGCACAAGCGCAGAAAAUAUAAAUAAGGUUCCAAGUGCGUAUGUGGUUCGUAUUGAUUUAUUUGCCUGGUCUCAUAAUAGCGAGUUCUAGGUGCAUCAUCGCGGUAUACUUAGCGUUAACUGAUUUGAUCUGACAAUAUGACGGUGCUGACGAAAUCCAGCGACUUGCUGAAGAAACCGGAGAUAAUAAACACGCCGCUUGUUGUUGGUGGCACGAGAUAUGAUGAGGAGAACUUGAAACCUAUCGUGCGCCCUCGCACCCGAGUCGUCGUGUACCGGUCAAGGUGCAGCAGCGCUCUGCUGGGCGUAGUCUUCUUCACCACUCUGCUUAUGCUCAUGGGCGCCAUCUUGGCCCUCGUCUUCUUCAACGAGAGCAACAGGAGCCCGAAGCCGACCCGCUACAGGGGCUACUGCACUAUUCCCAUGGAGGUGUCUAAGGUUGCGCAAGUGCAAAAGGAGGAGCCCAACGAGUUCCGCGUGCCGCUGCGCUGGAGCUCGGAGUCCGAAAUGACCGUGUUCACUAGCAACGAGGACCAGGCCCAAGGCGACUAUUUGAACAGCCUGCUGGAGCGGUUCGAUAUCGAUGGCAACUUGGAAAAGAUCUCUGUCAUCAACGGUGGGCAGAAUGUCGAGUUUAUUCACGAUUUCAGCGCUAAUGCUACUGGUAUUGUGGACUCGCAGAGGUGUUUCGUAAUGGAGUUGGACCCGAAAGCGGUGCUGGCACCCGUAGAGUUUGUCCUGCACAUAGAAAGCGGCGAGCCGUUCGACGUUAUGCGCGUACGACGCAGGCUGCGAGCACUGCUGCCCGCCGCUGAAGAGAUGCGGCAUCUGAGUGUUACACUGGCUGAGCAAUGCCGCGACCGCCCCACCUACCGCCUACAGACCGACGACGAGAACAUCAUACGAAAGCGUUCCGUCGAUGAGCCGAAACAAGAUUAUCUGCAUUUCGCCGGAAAACAUCUGAUGGAGAUGUCCAUAGAAAAUAUGGGGGAAUUGCUGGAGUAUGAGAAGGUUCAUGCCUAGACCUUAUUAUAAGGCAGUAUUUGUAUAUUAAAUGAAUUAUAAGGCAUAAUGACUCUUACUGCACCGUCUCAAGAUCUAAGUGUUACGUCUGAUUCGGCAGACACAUUUACUUACGAGUCGUAGUGUGGCGACAUUAGGAUGUUAAGAUGGAUAGGUUAACCAAUUUUGGCCACGAGGGAUCAUUUUUAAACAAGAAUAGAAAAUAGAAGAAAGUUUU